CUCAGUUUUAUUUCGUUUUUUCGUCGCAACGCAAGUGCUGGUGAAAUCGGUGUGGCAAAAGUCUAUUUCAAGUGAACAAAACUACUGCACUGCGCAACUGAAAUACGCCUGAAAAGUAUUGAAACAAAGAGUUUCAGGGGGAAAACACAUUUUCCUCAAAAACGUAGCAUAGUGAGUGCGGACAACGUGAAAAGAAGAAAGCAAAAUCGCCAUGUUGCGUGUGGAGCUGUGAGUUCGGGAACACAAGGCGCAGCGUGAGACUCCGAGCAUGGAUGCUCAAUUCGAGCACUUGUGCCGCAUUUGCGCGGCCAACACGAAGAGCAAAACCAAUUCCGUGGUCGAGAGUGUGUUUAUCUUCAAGACACAGGGACUGAAGGAUAAAAUCUCGAGACAUCUCUACCUUAAUGUGGCUGAGGAAGAUCCCCUGCCAAAGGUGCUUUGCAAGUCCUGUUACCGACAGGUGGAGGCCACGGCAUCGCUCUCGAAUAUAGCCAAGCACACUCAGCUCGUGUUCCGUGACUUUCUACUGAGCACACUGCCAAAGAAUGCACGGGAAGCAGCUGCCGCUCGGAUCAGCGUGCCACCACCAGCCCCCCAAAUCCCUUCCCUGAAUGAGGAGAACCCACCACAUGUUCAUGAAUUCCGUCCCAUAAUGCUGAGCCGAGUACCGGAGACCACUAUCACAGUGUCCAAGCCCCAGGCGGGCGGUCGCCCAAACGCAGAGCUUGUGGUGGCCAGUAAAGCCAGGGAGGCACACCGGGAAAACCCCUUGGGAGUUGCAUCUUCAUCCUCUGGGAUUGGCCAAGCCCCCGGAGCAGUGAAGAGUACUAUAGUGCCGGCGCGACGCAACAGCGUUUUUUUGGAUACUCGGUACUGCUCGGCUCCAAUGUCGAUCGCACAGCGUUCUAUGCAGCAUAUUCCCUCAUUGGUGCCCUUGAAUUUUGAGGCAUCACAUUCAAAUGUUACGAAAAAGACUCCAGACACAAACAUAUCGCCGGCAGGAGUAAUUAACUUUAUUCAGACGCAUGGACGGAUUACUGGCAAUGUGUCGGUGGCUGGAAAGGACGACAGUACCGGGACCAGUAACCGAGUGGACUCCGGAAAUGCGACCACAGCGUCCGUUUCUCCAACUUCUAACGUCGGUAUCGGAGGAAUGCCCAAUCUGGCCAGUAAUGUGUUUCAGCAGAGAAGUAGAAAUCUUAAAAAUACACUGAACAACAUUAAGGCUAUGCGUAGCGGACAGGUAUCUUUGCUUAAGUCGGCGCAGAAUCGAAAUCCUGUGGACGAUAUAAGGCCACAACUGGUUACAACUACCAUGGUGCCCCAAUAUGGAGGAGAGCCUUCGGUAGAAGAAGCGCUGCCGGAGCACAUGAUCUUUGCGGCUCCAAAAAAGAAACGGGAGGAUGAAGAACUUGUUGUUCAAACGGUUCCGCCAAAGCUAAAGAAAACUAUACCAAGUGGAAGUAAGACAAUUCCAGCGACCCUUGACUUAACUUCAGCUGUUGACUCGCAAGCUUCAUCUCCGACAAAGUCGAUGCCCAUUGUAAAAAGCCUCACUGAUGCAAUUUCCCUUGGAAGCGUUAUAAGGGAUCCAGACUUAUUGAUGCUGAUUCUCAAGGCACUGAAGUGGCCAGUGACAGCAGAAAAUUGCGAAGAACAAAUGACACGUUUGAAAAGUUCAAAGUUCGCUGUUAUUAUGUCUGACAACAACCUCCUACAGGACACGGAUCUCACACAACUUUUGGGUCCGUAUUUGGCCCCCAUGCUGCCGGUUGUUCACCCACAAGAUCAGCCUUCACUUUCUUUACCUAUCGCGUCCACGUCCACGAGCACUUCCUCGCAGGCGGCAAAAGACGUACUAAAGCUUGCUGACUUGUCCAGCGCAAUGCCUUACAAACUGCCACCAGAAACGUCGGUUCAGUUGGUGCCUUCCAGUCCCACGGAGCAGGAGCCUCCGCCACUGCGACACAAAAAGGCGGUUACCGUUUCAACAGUAAAACGUCACCAACGAAAGAUGCGUGUUCGAGACUUACCCGCUGGGGAUAAGUCGGUUCCAAUUACGUCGGUGUCAAGUUCAAAUGCAGCUCGUGUUAGUAACGAAUUAUCGAAUAUCAAUGCUAUGCUCAUUUCACAAUUCGGAUCAAGUCCGGCCGACGCGCUGAACGAGGCGCUUAUCUCAUUGUUUAAGAAAAAACAACAAGAAUCGAAAGACCAGAAUCGGCGUCGUAGUGGUUCUGCCAGCGUAGUUAAUUUGGAGGAUAUUGUACUGGUCGAGCCACAACCUCCACUAGAAGCCGAUCCACAGACUCCGGAAUACGUCGAGAACGACUGCUUUUCCCCGCAAGCUAUAACUGCAGGAUCACGACAAAUUUUUAAAAGGCGCAAGACCAUCAUUCAUUCCUCGAGGCAAUCUGAAUCUGCAGUGCCUAAAAAGGGUGAAGCUCCUAGUUUGAAAAAUCCAAAAGAUAUAUGUCCCAGUAAACAAGCGAUUGUAUCAGGACAAUCAAAGAAAAUUGUAACUGAGGAGAAAUCGUCAAUUAAAGAAUCUACGAGUGAGCCUUCCCAGGCACCCACUAGCACCGUUCCAGAAGCCACAUCCGACCCCAACGCUAUUGCCACAAAUGCGGAAGAACAUCCCAAAGUUUCUGAAUCCGCCCCAGAUAAUGGGGCCAGUGAGGGUAGUGAUGAGAGCAAAGCAGGCUUGGUAACCAAUCGCAAGUCGGAAGUAAAGGCUGUGCUAGGCCAGAAGCUGCUAGAGGCGAUUGGUCUCCCUCAGCUUGGAAAGGACGUAGCGCCUGAGAGCUCGCGGGAUACCCUCAGAAGUGCGCUGAAGCGCUCUAUAAAACAGGCUCAGGAGCAACAGCGUCAACUAAAGCGUGGCAAGCAUGAAGAACCUGUGAAGCAACUAGCCGAUUCUACGACUAAGCUAAGCGCGGCAGAAUCAGCAGAUGAGCAUAAGAAGGCCAUUGCUGAACGGGAGCUUGCUCUGCUGAGUCGUGGCUCAAAAGCUGGAGAAGAAAGCAAGAUUUCCGUUAAAGAUGACAAGUCGGAGCGAACUGAUGUUAGUUCUUCCUCGUCUCGAAACCGCCGAAGCCGUAAAUCAAAGACAGAUGCUACAGUAGAAGAUUCUGGUGAUGAAGAAAAAAAAACUAAUAGGUGGGAUGAAGAUGACGACUUGCCAUUAAAGACUGAUGCAGAAAAAGCUUCGGAACGGAGUAGCAGCAGUAGCAGCAAUCGUCCGACGCGCACUAGUAAAACGAUGUCGAAGUAUUAUAAGGGACCAUCUCCUAAAUCACAGCAUGCCAUGGGUACGCGCUCAACACGGCAGCGCUGAGAUAUUCUUUGCCAAAAGCAAAUCGGAUUUUACUUCACGUAUGAAAUAUGUGGAAUUAUUUUUGAAAAAUUUAAAAUACAUAGCUUAAGUCCCUUUAUGAUACAAGUUUAACUGUGUACAAUGUACACGCAAAUUUUAAAACUAUUUUAAUUAUAUUAUCACGAACAUUAGCAGUGUGUGGAGUUCACAAACCGUAUUGAGUUAAGAAUAGUAAAACUAUUCGAAAACGUAAAAAGUUAUGAGAUACUACCAAGUUGGCUUAACAUCUAAAUAUGUAAAUCUGAAAAUGAUCCUGCACUAACGUACUUCUUGAAAUUUUGUAUUUACAGAACGUACCUUCUAAACUCUGUAAACUUAAAGGCUAGAAGAUGCUUUUGUAGAAAGCAGAUCGGAAAAUAGUUGAAAGGUGAAGUUUUUUCGUUUAAACGCAAUGUUAUUUUAUAAGUUUACAAGCCGUUCGCACUGAAUACAAAUACGAACGGAGCUUCACAAUACUGUACAUAUUUAAUGAUUACCAUGGUAAUGCAAAUUGAACAAUUCGAACCCGUUUUCUUUUCUUCAUGUUACACAGAAAUAGUAUGAUAUUCUUCAGUUUACAAACUGGCUCUAUAUAAGAAAAUGGGCCCUAAUUAAGAAUGUUAUCUUUCCUUUAUUUCUUUGAGCUGAAACAAAUAAAUAUUAUUCCUUUU